UCUAAAAGAAUGAUGUUCCCGGUGUUUUCGGUAGUUCUGUUGGUGCUACACCAACUGUUUGGCUCCAUUUCUGGAGCCGAAUUUUUCUCCUCCGUAUACGAGAUGACCAAAGUUUUCGGUUAUGAACAGAAAAUGCUGCUGCAUAUGCAAAAGUUCUUAGCUGAUAAUCAGGGAAAAUUGGAUUUCCUAAAAGCGAGACUGCGUGAGUUCGAAAACGAACGAAAUGAGGCCCGUGAAUGGGGUGCAGCGUAUUUUGAUAGUCCUCUAAACAAGUAUUUGCUUAACAAAAGACUGACGGUUGAUUGGCAGCGAGUGGAGAACCUCAUGGAGACAUCAACAGGCGAAAAAGCACUGAAUCGUUUGAAAAAGCUCAGAAAUCGAGAGAUAAUGCCAAAUAAAGGUGAACUUAAUGGAGCCAUAGAUGGCCUUCUUCGAUUGCAGUAUGUUUACAGGCUGGAGGCCAAGGAUCUCGCCAGGGGAAUCUUGGAUGGCGUGGAUUACGGAAACCAACUUAAUUCUGAGCUCUGUGUGGAUAUAGCCAAGUUAGCUCUAAAGGAUCAGCAUCCACGUUUGGCUCAUUCCUGGCUAAUUGAGGCUAAUGAUCGUUUGGCAGGAGGAGAAAAGGAUAAAGAGCUAAAACCACAGAUUUUAGCGCUUCUUGUACAAGCCAAGGCGGAGUUGAAAGACUUCCGGGGUCUUAAUGAUACCUACCAGGAGCUUGUCAAGAUUCAACCAGCUAGUGAAGAGCAUGCCAGGAAUUACGAAAGUUUUUUGGAGUCUUUAGGAGAAAAUGCUUUACUCAAUGAUUCGAAGCCAAUACUAGAACAUGCACCCAUUCCUGAGGAGGGUGAGCCUGUGGGUGAGUUCCAGGCCUUCAGCCUCACUUGCAGUGGUCACUGGAGACUCACUCCCAAGGAGCAGCGUCAUCUUCGCUGUGGCUACGUGAUCGAAACACAUCCUUUCCUGUGGAUAGCUCCCCUCAAAGCGGAGGAACUUUUCCAGGAUCCCCUGCUCGUCCUGUACCACGACGUCAUAUAUCAAAGCGAAAUCGAUGUCAUACGGAAACUAACCAAAAACAAACUAAUUCGGGCCACAAUAACUGGUAGCAAUGAGGUGGUGGUAUCCAAUGUUCGCACCAGCCAGUUCACUUUUAUCCCAGCCACAAUGCACAAGGUGUUGGCCACCAUCGAUCAAAGAGUAGCGGAUAUGACCAACAUGAACAUGAAAUAUGCGGAAGAUCACCAGUUUGCCAACUACGGAAUCGGUGGACAUUACGGACAGCACAUGGACUGGUUCCCCCAGACUACCAUUGAUGCUGGUUUGGUUUCCUCUCCUGAAAUGGGGAACCGCAUUGCCACAGUUCUUUUUUAUCUCUCGGAUGUAGCUCAAGGGGGAGGCACCGCCUUUCCCCAGUUGAAGCAACUUUUAAAGCCGAAAAAAUAUGCAGCUGCCUUUUGGCACAAUCUGCAUGCCUCUGGAGUGGGCGAUGUUCGUACUCAACACGGCGCUUGUCCCAUUAUCGCUGGUUCUAAGUGGGUGCAAAAUCGUUGGAUCCGUGAGAUUGAUCAAUCAGAUCGCCGACCUUGCGAAAUGUGGGAUGAUUCCUUGGCCACCUAUGCCCAGAUUUUGGAGCUAAACAAACAAAAUGAGGCUGCUUCUAAAAAAGUUGAGCAAAAUGAAUACUCCAAAUUAGCUUAAGUUUUAGUUAAUAACUUUAUAAACAUAAAGAAUGUGAUAACAAAAAGUUAAAAAAAUAUUCAAUUUAUUU